GCCGGAAGCGAAGACGCUGGAGGCAGCGGCAGCGCUGGCGAGAGUUUCAGGAGUACCUGAUGGCAUUAAGAUAAUUUCAGGUCCUGUGAGAUUCAAGCGGCUGCUGUUCCUAGAUUCUGCAGACCAUGAUCUACAUGUACCUUGUGUUACACAGUUCUGCUAGAAGGAAGGUAUUUUCAAGUGCGAUGGCUCGUAUCUUCGUGUACGGCACGCUUAAGCAGGGCCAGCCCAACUACCGGCACAUGCUCAACACUGCCAAGGGCAUCGCAAAAUUCCAGGGACGGGGACGCACCGUGGAGAAGUACCCGCUGGUGAUUGCCGGGAAAUAUAACAUUCCUUAUAUGCUGAACAUCCCGGGCACGGGACACCACGUUGCUGGAGAGAUUUAUUCCGUUGAUGACCAGAUGCUGCAAUUCCUUGAUGAAUUUGAAGGCUGCCCAGACAUGUAUCAGCGUACCACGAUGAGCAUCGAGGUGGUGGAGUGGGAAGGGAAAAGCAGCGUGCCCAGCGAGAGGCCGGCCGCGCGCAGCGUCAUGGAGUGCUUCGUGUACAGCACAACCACCUACCAGCCCGAGUGGGUAAAUCUCCCGUACUAUGACAAUUACGAUUCCUCAGGGAAACACGGCCUUUCUUAUGUGCUACGGGAAAGUCGAGAUUAGACACGGGAGAUCACACGGCAACGGGAAGACGGAGUGCUAGGCGUGUGUCCAUCGGGAGCCUCUCUGGGGAAUCUGUAAUGCCUUUUGGUUAAAACGCACUUUCUUUUGUAACCUUCCAAACACAAAAGUAUCGAGUCUAAUGUUAAAGCAUCGUAGGCCUAGCAACUGGAACUCACCCCAAACUUGUAAAAAUCCUACUAGCCCACUAACCUGAUGUGAGUAACUGGUUUUGCUUGAUGAGUAGAGUAACUGGAUCUGUGCACAUUGGUUUUGGGGUUAGUUUUUUUUCUCCAACCCACCCCACCCUUUGCCUCAGUAAAUGACUGAGGUACAUGAAAGGCAGCCGAACUGACUAAUUUUUGACCUGAAUUGGUAAAUUUUCAU